GAAUUACAAAAAGGAGAUGAAGACAUCUUGUUUUCUCUCUCGUGAUUCUAUUGUUUGGUAGGCACUCUUUCUCUCCCUUUGAGUAGCAGAUUUUGGAGAUCGCACAAGCAACAAAAAAAUGGGACCGAGAAAGAAAACACCAACUAUGGUUUGGGUUAGGAAAUUGCAGCAAUCGGUAGCGGAAAAGAUCACACCUCUUCUCCCGGAUUGUAUUUCAGCAAAAAUAGCAUUAUUGUCCGUGCCGCCGGACUGGUCUCUUCUCCCUGGAGAAGCUACUCCACGUUAUCUCCGAGAAACUUGAAGAUGGUUUCGAUGUAAUUCAUGCUCGCUCCGUUUGCACCUUGUGGAGAUCCAUCUUUCCAUUUCCUUCUUACAUGUUAUCGCGCACAACCUACUCCCUUCCCUCCUUCGCUGUCUUUCCUCACAGAAUCAAAGCCUUGUGCACCCUCGAGAAGAUCCCUUUGUUCCUCCUCUACAUUCCUCCCGUUACUACUGCUACGUCCGUAUCUGAGUGUUUCUUGUUGGGAAGACUAGGCCGGGUUGAGUCAGGGGAUCAUAUUCAAUGCUCAAAAGUAAACAUUCACAACAGCCUGAUCCUCCCUCUAGGUCAUCAGUACAGAAUGAUUUUUGAUCAGGAAGCAUGGAACGGAUUGUACAAAGGGGUGGCGUUUCUUCCGCUAAACAAGGAGGAGGGAGGAGGAGGAUUCGUAGUGCUUGUCAAUUACACUAACAUGUUAUUGGAAUUGACAAGUUCCGUUAUGAAGUGGAGGUUGUGUCUUCAGGUUUCCUCAAAUGCUACGUGCGAAGAUUUAGUCGCUUUUAGAGGAAGAUUUUACGCAACAUUUCAUAACGGUGACGUUUUGGUUAUCGAUCCUUAUUCGCUGGUAAAGACUCCCCUCACGCCUUCGCAGCCUCUGAUUUCAAACAAAUAUCUGGUCCGAUCCGGUGAUGAUGAACUGUUCUUGGUUGAGAUAUACAACCCACAUCGUGUGUUUGAUUCAAAUCGAUUUAUUUGUAGAGUGAGUAGGCUGGACGAGGAAGCUGGUAGAUGGGUGGUGGUCACCGAGUUGGGAGACCGUGUGUUCUUUAUUGGACACUUUGGGAAUGUUUGCUGCUCGGCUAAGAAGCUUCCUUAUGGUUGUGGUGUGAGCGGGAACUCAAUUGUGUUCACCAAUGGGAGACGCAAUGUUACAUACGCUUAUAAAUAUGGGGUACAUACAGGGAGAGAAGAAGAUGACCUCAAUUGUUGGAGAUUCUCAAGAGAGAAUCGUGUGACAAUCAUCAGCACAUCUCCCAUGGUGGCUCUCCGGAUUGAGCGCUUAAGCUUAAGCCAUAAAUCUAACUUUGGAUACCUGAGACAUCCGUUGCUUAAAAUUAGAUCACUCUGUAUUUAAGUCACUCGUUAUCAUGGGUUUGACUAGAUUUCUCCAAGAUUAUAUAUAUUUACUAGGAGUUUUCCAUAA